AAUAAACCCCGAACCGAGACAUUCAUUGCUCCGUGCCCUUUCUCCUCCUUUUUCUCGCUUCUUCCUCUCUCUUUCUACUCGACGCAUCCACACAUACACGCGGGGCACACCAUACCCUCCGGUCACUCACCACUAUCAGCUGGCACCACCCGUCGCGCCAAUUAAUUCGGGCAAGUUCACCGGAACUACGAGCUGCUAGCUAGCCUUAAGGCUCUAGGCUUGGCAUCCGUAUAAAUAUUUGAGGUAAUUUCCUCAAUAUAAAGGCUUGAUUGAUGUUUUACACAUGAUGAGUAAGGAAUAAUCUAAUACAAUGGAAGUUGAUAACGCCUAUCUGGGACUGGAAGGGUCGGAAUUGGGAAUAGAGACAGAGUGUGUAUUAGAUAAGGAUGAAAAGCCACAGCACUUAUGUGCCACCCCCAUAUGUUCCUUUGGGACAGUCAGAUGCAGCUGUGGAGAUUGUUCCAUGCACUGAAGACAUCCCUAUGCGUGGUCACAGCAGUGAUGGACCGACACAAUGGUCUUCUGGAAUCUGUGCUUGUUUCGAUGAUAUGCAGAGCUGUUGUGUAGGUCUUUCUUGUCCUUGCUUGCUUUUUGGAAAAAAUGCAGAAUUGCUUGGUUCUGGAACUCUGAUAGGAUCAUGCAUGACCCAUUUUGUUUUGUGGGCUCUUUUCAAUUCUCUCUGUUGCUUGUUGACUAAUGGCGUCUUGUUGGAAUUACCCGGAUGCUUUAUUGCAUUUUACGCUUGUGGCUACCGUAGGACCCUACGAUCAAAGUACAAUUUACAGGAAGCACCAUGCGGGGACUUUGUUACUCAUUUUUUCUGCCAUUUGUGUGCAAUUUGUCAAGAGUACCGGGAAAUCCGUGAAAGGUCUGGUGAUAUCAGACACCCUGAUCUGAAGUUGGCCGUAGUCACAGCUCCACCAGUCCAGACAAUGGAAUCGGUUUCGGCGGAGUAAUGCAAUAAGCCUAUAUAAUGUAUGUAACUUGCGACUUUAAUCAGUGAGAUCAGCCGUGGGUUUUGGGUUGUACUUUGUGCCUCAUGUCUGGGAUUUCUCUUUAUAGUAUGUAGUCUUCUUGGCUGUGUCAUGGGUGGGUAAUUAUAAGUUUUCUAAUACAUUUGCCAAUAACUGGAUAAUGAAAGGCUAUUUUCUUUAAAA